CCUAACCGUCGUUUCAUUUUCCACGAUCGCUUCUGCCAUUUUCGGUUACGGUGCAAUGUUAACUCCAUAGAAAAGGAUGUGGCUGAAUGCCACUAUGCCUUUCACGCUGCACCGAGGUGGUGGUGCGAUGGGUUCCGCCUCUGCGAAGGAAAAGGUAGUCGCCGACGGUCCGCCGUCGCCGCCGUUGGGGUCUCUCACCGAAACCACCGUAGGGGUGGGGUUCAACACGAGUAGCGCAGAGGACUGGACACGAUUCACGGAGUUAGGAUUGCUGGAUGAAAGUGUGAUGCAGAGGAAGGACCAUGAAACGCUCAUCGAGAAGGUCUCGAAGCUCAAAAGAGAGAUUUUCGACUAACAGUACAACAUGGGCCUACUAUUGAUUGAGAAGAAAGAAUGGAAUUCAAAGUUCGACCUGCUGACGCAAGAACUAGCUGAAACUGAGGAGAUUCUAAAACGAGAACAGUUAGCACAUUUGAUUGUCUUCUUUGAAGUUGAGAAGCGAGAGGAGAAUUUGAGGAAAGCAUUGAGCAUAGAAAGGCAACGUGGGUGAUGUAGGUUGAAAAACAGUUAUUUUCAUGUCAUUUUAGACC